GGGGUUGUCCCAAGUGUUCGUCCAAAUCUGCCUUGAGACUCAGCUGUGGGCUGACAUUGCGGUGACGCAUCGCAGUCGAGAACGUGCCUAAGUUUUCUUUCUGGUAGUCUUCGUUUAGAGAAGUCAGAGGAGAAAAGAAAAUCACUGUUAUAUGCCCAAUUUAGAAGCCACUAAUCUGGGGAGCACACAGCGUUCUGCAGCUCUAGAAAGCAAGUAACUUAGAUCAGUUAACUAGGUGUGGGAGGGUGACCUGUAACCUCACACACCUGCCUCAGAGUAAACCCUAGGAGCGUGGGACAGGUGCCAGACCCUUUGCUGCCAUAUCAUGCACAGCAGAGCUUACGUCUUGCUUCAAAGAGACUUCCAAGAGUUGAAGAAAAACAAAUAUGAGGGCAUUACUGCCUUUCCUAUAAGUGAUGAUAAGAUGGAAUGGGAAGCUAAUAUUGAAGGUCUACAGAAUACAAUUUGGCAUGGAAUAUUCUUCCCACUGACAAUAAAUUUCUCAUUGGAGUACAAUUUUGUCCCUCCAGUUGUGACAUUUAGAACUAUUCCUUUUCAUCCAAAUGUAGACCAACGUACUGGUCGACCCUGUAUAGACUUUUUGGACAACCCUGAUAAGUGGAACACAAGCUAUACAUUGAGCAGUAUCUUGCUUACUCUGCAGGUUAUGCUUUCUAAUCCAGUUCUAAAAAAUCCAGUGAAUUUGGAAGCAGCCCGAGUGCUGAUUGAAGAUGAAACUACGUACAAACUAAUAGUUCAAAGACUUUUCCACGAGCCAUUACAAUUGAAAGAUGACACCUUUAAGUCAUCUGAAGACACGGAUAAAUUUAUCAGAUCAAUUAAAGUUUCAUUUGAUGAUUAUUAUAAGACAUGGUCUGAAAUCGCUACAUCAAAAGCUGCAGAACUUUACAGAACUCCAUUGCUUGAAGAUCCAAAUUUCAUGGGCAAGUAUUACAAGUGGAAGAAAAUGGAGCUAAAACAUCCUAAAGAAUGGAAUUUAAAGUAA